UGGUUACUCUUGUUAAAGUUCUGAAGGAUUAUGGGAAAAUGGAGCAGAAAAUCUGCCAAAUCUACGAUGAGUAUCUGCAAAAGUGGGAAGAGAAAAGCCGUACUCAAGUUGGUAGCAACUUGGCCUAUGAUGAAAUCAAAGCCAUUAUGAAGAUCUUGAUGGCAACUUACAGGGAACAGCUUGACCUACAGAACAAAUCAGUCAACUGCUUGUAUGCCAAGAAGGGUCCCAUCAGGAGCCUCCAAGACUACGUUGACUCGGAGGAUGUUCAGGCUACUAGGAAGGCCACUCAGUCCCUCUAUGAAAGGACAAACAAGAGACAGGUGAAGCUGGAGAAGGAGAUUGGCCAGCUGAAAGAGGACUCUUUCAAGGCUAAGGACCAGAUGGUUCAGUUCAAGCCUGAGAUGGAUGCAGCACAAACUAGCCAGGAGGGUCGCACCAACUUUCAGGAACUCUUGGCUCACUGGCGGAAACUGGAAUCAGAUGCUGCAGUGGCCAAGACGUCUUACAGACAAAAAGUGCAAGAGGAAAAAUCUACACGACCGACGUUCAUAGAAGAUAUGAAAAGAUUCCAGAGUGAUUCUGACGCCUAUGAGAGGGCUCGUCUUCAAAAUCUACACCAUGUUAUGACUUCAGUGAUGAGAAACACUAAAGCUGUAGAAGUCAAGAGAUACAAGGUGUUGAAGCUAUUGUUUGAAGAAGGAAGCUCUCGCCUUCAGCAGUACAACCUACAGAAAGAAGUUGACUGCUACAAUGCAUUCUAUCUGUAUCAACAUCAGUUCCCCGAGGAGCAGCUUCACCCUUCUGAAGCAUCAGCCAAGAAGACAGACAAUGGGGAGUCUUUUCAGAGGACAGCUCAAGAGGAGCAAUCGGAUGAGAUUGACAUUGUCCAAGUCCUGCCAGCCAAAGACAAGACCGACAGACUGUUUAUAAAGACAGCAGUAGAUCCAAAUGCUGAGAAGCCAAAAGCCACAAGAUAUUCAUGUCUGGUGACAAAUAGCACACCAACUAGAAAAGAUGUCCGCUUAAUGCCUGAAGUAGAGAUUCCCAACUUUGUGACGGACAGGAAACAGACAGCUGCUCCCAUCACGAAGGAGACAGUCCUGGACAGUGAUAAAGACUCCUCGGAUUCUGACUCUGAUGAGGAGCAGUCACAAGGGCAGCCCAAAACUACUGAUUUUAGAAACAUCGCACAAGGCCAGAAGGUCAAGGUGUAUGCCGUCAAGGACUUCAGUGCUCGUGCCACAGAUGAGAUCUCAUUCAAAGCAGGACGUAAGAUCUAUGUGACUGAAUCUGCUGUUGCCGGACGUGUGUAUGGAUACACCAAGAAGGGGAAGCUGAUCAAGAGGAGGACAUACGGCUACUUCCCCGAACAACUCGUGAGCACCAACAAGACGUUCAAGGUCAAGCAGACCUUCCUGAAGAAGAAGCUCUCCAAGCACGUUCCCCAUGAUAGUUCCAAGAACAUCAGCUUCCUGGGGAACUCUGGGUAGACAGCUUGCAGACAUUCUCCAUGUCUCCAGGACUAGCAUCUCGGUAAACCUGCACCAGCCACUGGAUCCAUUCCUGCUGUUCUUGCAGUGUGAAUUACCAGCCUUUGAUUUUCAUCAACAUUCUACCAGUUAUUAAAAUGUCAGUAUGGGGAAAUGUGUAAACGAGGUAAUUUCGUAAUGCUUAGAAACAGCCAGUCCAGCGCCAGUGUUAAUGGGCAUGAAGACAUCUUUUCCAUCUAAGAGUCUGUUUGGUGUUUCUCUUGCUUGUCAAAUUUUCCAAAUUUUUGAAUUCCGCCCUAAUCCAUCAUAAUCAGUUGGACUGGUUGCUAUGUUGUUGAUGUUGCCAACCCGACAUUGAGGCUACUUUGUAACUUCCAUACUGAUUGGUACAUUAGACCUUGUACCAUAGCCAAUCAAAUUGGCAAAUUGAAAUCAAGGGAGGUAACUUGUGAUUGCAAGAACCACAGGACUGUAUCCUGGGGUUGAUGUAGGUUUAACUAAAUGCUGUCCUGGAGAUAGAAAGGAUCACCCCUAACAGACUUGGUUAUGAACUUGAUAUUGACUUCAAACUGUGAUAUGAUUUUUUUAUAUUUGUUGAUUUGAUUGUUACACAGAUAUAUUUUUUACUGUUCUUAUAUGAACGAAGUGAUCUGUGAUGCGUCUUUGAUAAUAUUUUAGGAUAUACAUAGGAAUGAUCAUUGGUGAUUUAUUGAGAAUUUUAUUACCAUGCUCAGAUAUUCAGCGUUUAAUGAUGAACUGUGUGAAUGAAUGUUAUGGAUGAAGAUAUGAAUUGUGUCUUUAAUGUAUGUUUUUCCUCAGAACAUAUGAGUUACAAUAGGACAAGAAACUUAUAAUUUCCGUGUUAAAGUUGUAAUUACUAGUGACAUCAUUCAAUUUACUGGUUCACACUUUUAUCUGUGGUUACAUUUGCUAGCCUGUAGAGCUGUGUAUCACCUGAUAUCUCGUGAUACGAUACAGACUGAUAACCCCAAAGUCACUACACAGCAACAGAUAGAAAGGAAUGAUGAAAUCACUGACGUACGCAGGAUGUUUUCUCAGAAGUGUUGAUACGUUUGUCCAUUUCCAUCUGUGAGACAGAACAGCUUCACACAAUAUGUGGGGUGGUGGGGUAGCCUAGUGGUUAAAGCG